GAAUUGUUUAAGCCCACCAAGCAUACUAAAAAGAAAAGUGAUUCAAUCUGGAGCCCCUUCUUGACUUUACUGACGAGACCUGAUGGCUUCAUUAUGAACAUGACAAGCCGGAUCAUUGCCAAGCUGGCCUGUUGGAGCAAGGAGUUGAUGGAUGGUGCUGAUCUUAAUUUAUACCUCUCUUGGCUUAAGGAUCAGCUAAGACAGCCAAACAAUGAGUACAUUCAGUCAGUUGCACGGUGUUUGCAGAUGAUGCUUCGUAUUGAUGAAUAUAGGCUGGCUUUUGUAACUGUUGAUGGAAUAUCUAAGCUUGUGACAGUGUUAGCUGGGAAAGGCAAUUACCAAAUCCAAUAUCAGCUGAUCUUUUGUAUUUGGGUCAUGACUUUCAAUGAAACUUUAGCUGAAAGAAUGCACAAAUUUAAUGUUAUUCCAAUACUCUCAGAUAUAUUAAGUGAAUGUCCAAAAGAAAAAGUAACAAGAAUAAUAUUGGCAACAUUAAGAAACCUGAUUGAAAAGCCAGAGGAGUUAAGCAUUAGCCGAGAUAAUGCCAUUGCCAUGGUGCAGUGCAAAGUGCUGAAGCAAUUGGACAUACUUCAGAGUCGCAGGUUUGAUGAUCCAGACAUUGUGGAAGAUUUAGAAUUCCUCAAUGAAAAGCUUCAGACAAGCGUUCAAGAUUUAAGCUCUUUUGAUGAAUAUUCUACAGAAAUUAAAUCAGGCAGAUUAGAGUGGAGUCCUGUGCACAACUCUGAGAAAUUUUGGCGAGAAAACACUCAUCGCUUGAAUGAAAAAAAUUAUGAACUAUUAAAGAUCUUAAUUUGUCUUCUUGAAAAUAGUAAAGAUCCUCUAGUCUUAAGUGUUGCAGCUCAUGAUAUUGGAGAAUAUGUACGCCAUUAUCCUCGUGGGAAGCAUGUAAUAGAAGGUCUAGGUGGUAAACAGCAAGUCAUGCAUCUGUUAUCACAUGAAGACCCUAAUGUUAGAUAUCAAGCAUUACUAUGUGUACAGAAACUUAUGGUUCAUAAUUGGGAGUAUCUGGGUAAACAGCUCGAGAAGGAGACUAGUCAGGCAGUUUCUGCAAAAGCUUAAAGAAACGCUCUUCGGUAGAGGAACCAUUUCAGUGUUUGGAUAGAGAAUAUAUUUAUUUAUAGCCCAGAUUUUGAGGUUUGCUUUUCCGCUCUUCUGAGCCGAUAUCGUGCUCAAGGCACCUUGAUCUAUACAUUCCAGAAAGCCAUGAUGUUACGUCAUGAAUGAUGGUAUUGUGUUAACUUUGUAGAUACUGGUAUUCGAUUCGCGAAUUAAUGUGGAACAUAUAUUGUUGAUUAUAAAUAAUUUUAAUAUUUGAUUCAGUGAUUUAUUUUGUUAUUGUUCGUAAUAAUUUCUCAAUCAUCUAAUGAGUACUCUGGCUGAUUUUAGACACCAUUUUUUGUUUAGAAUUUUUCAAUUCAUGGCAUGUUUUUAAUUUUUGUUAUUCUGAGUAUAGUUGUGUUUUAUGGAACAUUGAAAACCACAAAUUUUACUGUAUAAAUAUGAGCAUAAGUACAAAGAUGGUUUAGAAAAUUGAAUUUUCAGUUUUGGUAAAAACUCAUCAGAAAUCUGUGCAGGACUGUUUUAAACUAAUUUUUUAAUUGCAGGUUUCAUCUUUCAAUAACUCCUAUUGAAAUAAUAAAUCAAACUUAUUUUAUAACAAAAGAUAAAUUAUUAAACAUUCUUUAUUGUUGAAAUGAAAUGCUGUGAUGCUGUAUUUUAUUGAUUAUAAGCUAAAUAAAAUUAGUAAAAUAGUUUUGAGCACAAAUAGAUAUAAUGUACUUUUGUAUCUACAUAUAUUUAAAUAAGUUAAUAGUAGUUUGGACUUAAGCAACAUUUAAGUUUUUAUCCAAAAGUAAAAGUAAGAUUCUGUUCUGUAUGAAUCCUUAUAUUUUUUGAGGUUAAUUGUUCAAAGAAGUUGCAUGUUUUGAAGUUGAAAAUAAAUCAUGACACUUGUUAUGAUUAUGAUCCAUAUAAUUGUAGAUGUUUAACUACUUCUUGUAAUAUUUUUAAUUACAUCAUCAGUACUAAUAUAUUUCAUCUAAUUAAACAUUUGUAAACAAAUGUAAUGCUUUCAUACUCAUUUUCUGGUAUGCACUUUCCUCUUCGGUACAGUAAUGUUAAAGGCAUUGAUUUUGGGUUUUCUCAUAGUUGUCAUUUGUAUUGUUAUUACUCUAUUUUUAAAUAUAGCUAGAAAUUUCAAAUAAUGUGUACAGUUAUUUUUUUGCAGCCGACUAGUUCAAAUAAAAAAAGUUAGGAUGUAUUUAAAAACUAAAGCAUGAUCGAAAUUAACUCAAUAGUUUUAAUAUAAUAUACAUUUUUGUAUUAUGUAUUUCUCAUAUGCAUUAAGUAACAAGUUAUAGAAAUUUGGUUGAUGUUUUAUAAAAUAAGUUCAUUUUUCAACAAACAUCUUUCGAUUUCUGAGCCUCUGGCUAUUAUGUAAAUGUUUUAUGCAAUUAACUUAUUUUAUACAAAGCCUCAUAAAAGUAAAAAUUUUGUUAUCUGGUAUUUCAAACUGUGAGCUGGUUCAGUGUUCAUACUUUGGUCUGUUGUUGAACAGAAAGAGUUCAAAAUUAUGUGUUAUUAAAAAAACAACUAUUCCAAUGUAUUCCAGACUGUUAAAAUAAAAUGCUUUCGA